GCGUCCCUUGACCUCGACUCCUGCAACCUGUGUAUCGUCGAUGAUCAUUCAUUCAUUCAUCACGCAUCCACACGUCUUUUCAUAUACAUACUCCCCACUCCACUCCACUCCACUUCACCCUCCGCCGAAAUUUCCACAAGGAAAUCAAAAUCAAUCCCCCCAGGCUCCAGGAAUCACGACUCUCCUGCCUCUCUUGAACGCCCAUAGGAUAGCAAUUACCAUCCCCAACAAAAUCUUUUUUUUUUUAAUUUUAAUUUUUGUCAAGCUUGAUUUUUUCGCUAAUGGCGGAUGAAGCCAAGGCUAAAGGCAAUGCUGCCUUCUCCGCCGGAGACUUCAACCAUGCCGUUGCCCACUUUACCGAUGCAAUCAGCUUGGCUCCCACCAAUCACGUCCUCUACUCCAAUCGAUCCGCCGCCUACGCAUCCCUUGCUAAGUUCCCUGAAGCUCUUUCCGACGCCCACAAGACCAUCGAGCUUAAGCCCGAUUGGGGGAAGGGCUACUCCCGGCUAGGCGCCGCCUACGUGGGCCUCCAUAGUUACGGCGACGCUGUUUCCGCCUACAACAAGGGUCUUCAAAUCGAUCCCACCAACGAGGCCCUCAAGUCCGGCCUCGCAGAUGCGGAGUCUGCUUUGGCUCGGAGCUCGAGGUCCCGAGGCGGACCGGCCCCAAAUCCUUUUGGGGAGGCUUUUGGGACGGACAUGUGGGUUAAGCUGGCGAGCGAUCCUGACACCAGGGAGUUCCUUCAGCACCAGGAUUUCGUGAAAAUGAUGCAGGAUAUUCAAAAGAACCCUAAUAAUGUGAACUCGCACAUGAAGGAUCAAAGGGUAAUGCAGGCGCUGGGGGUUUUGUUGAAUUUGAAGAUCCAGACAACGGGAGCUGAGGAUGGUGAAGGUAUUCCGCCGUCAGCGUCAGGUCCGGAAAAGAAGAGGCCGGCAGCGGAGGCUCCGAAGGAGGAGAAGAGACCGGAAAAGGAUCCGGAGCCCGAGGUAGGGGAGCUUGACGAAGAGGAGAAGGAGAAGAGGAUUAAAAAGUCUGAGGCUCAGAAAGAGAAAGAAGCUGGGAAUGCAGCCUAUAAAAAGAAGGACUUUGAGAUGGCGAUACAGCAUUAUACCAAGGCAGUUGAUCUCGAUGAUGAGGAUAUUUCCUUCUUAACGAAUCGUGCUGCCGUCUACUUGGAGAUGAGCAAGUAUGAGGAUUGCAUUAAGGAUUGUGAAAAGGCUGUUGAAAGAGGGAGGGAACUGAGAUCAGACUACAAAAUGAUUGCGAGGGCCUUGACCAGAAAGGGAUCUGCCUUGGUGAAGAUGGCCAAGUGCUCAAAGGAUUAUGAAACUGCAAUUGAGGCCUUCCAGAAAGCCCUAACUGAGCAUCGCAACCCUGAUACACUCAAGAAGCUUAAUGAUGCUGAGAAAGCAAAGAAAGAUUUAGAGCAACAAGAGUACUUCAACCCGCAGAUAGCUGAUGAGGAGCGAGAGAAAGGCAAUCAAUUUUUUAAGGAGCAGAAGUAUCCUGAAGCUAUUAAGCACUACACUGAAGCAAUAAAAAGGAAUCCAAAGGAUCCAAGGGUAUAUAGCAACAGGGCUGCUAGUUACACAAAACUUGGGGCUAUGCCUGAGGGACUCAAAGAUGCCGAAAAAUGUAUUGAGCUUGAUCCAACCUUUUCAAAAGGUUAUACCAGAAAGGGCGCUGUUCAAUUUUUUAUGAAGGAGUAUGAGAAAGCAUUGGAGACAUAUCAGGAAGGUUUGAAGCAUGAUCCUCAGAACCAGGAAUUGUUAGAUGGUGUCAAGAGAUGUAUGGAGCAGAUAAACAAGGCUAACCGCGGCGAUUUGAGCCCAGAGGAACUAAAGGAGAGACAGGCCAAAGCAAUGCAGGAUCCAGAGAUUCAAAAUAUCUUGACAGAUCCGGUAAUGAGGCAGGUCCUGGUUGAUUUUCAAGAGAAUCCAAAAGCUGCACAAGAUCACAUGAAGAACCCUCUUGUGAUGAACAAAAUACAGAAACUAGUGAGUGCAGGAAUCGUUCAAGUUAGAUAGAUAGAUAGACAGACGGAGGGAGCUAGGAUUUGGUGAUACGAUGCUGAUGCUGAUGCGAUGCAGCUGUGUAAUGAAAUGUUUCAUUGAUUUUUAUCUGUUAGAUUCUUUGUCAGGCAGUAGACGUUGGCUUGCCGCCGCAGUGAUUUUAAGUGAAUAGUGGGCUAUUACUAUUACUAAA